ACAGGCACACAUCGGUCUAGAUCCACAACCCAGAGUUGGACAAGCAACAACCCAAGAAUGCAGUGUGUGUACGUGCUGUUGACCCUGGCCCUGUGUGGCGCUGGCCUCUGUAACCUCGUUGAGAAGCAGACUGACUUUGGGCUGCGGGUGUUCUCCGAGGCAGCCCGGUCGUCCCCGGACAAGAACCUGGCUCUGUCCCCGUUUGGCGUUUCCACUGUGCUGGGCAUGGUCCAACUUGGAGCUUAUGGCAACACACUCAAGACAUUAGUUAGCAACAUGGGCUAUUCUUUGCAAGAGCGUGGCACCCCCCGUCAACAGCGGUUGCUCCACAGGGAUGUGGCCAGCGAGGAGUUUGUGGAGCUGGCCAGUGGAGUUAUGGUGGACAGGAAGCUCUUGCUGGAGAAGCACUUCCGCCGGGGGCUGGCCAAGGCCUUCCAGGCCAUGCCACAUCAGCUGGACUUCAGCCAGCCCGAAACGGCCAAGAACAUCAUCAACCGAUGGGUGUCUGACCACACCGCUGGUAUGAUUCCUCAGUUCCUUCCCAGCGGCGCUUUCGGUGACAUGACAAGACUGGUUCUGCUCAAUGCCAUGCACUUCCAUGGGCUCUGGAAGGUGCCAUUUGACUCCAAGUUCACCCGACCAAUGCUGUUCCAUGGAACCAAUAGCACAGUGUCAGUGCCAAUGAUGACGAUGACACAGAAGUUUAACUAUGGUGACUUUGUAACACCGGAGGGAGUAGACUAUGAUGUGAUUGAAGUUCCUUAUGAGGGAGAUGCUGUGAGCAUGCUCCUGGUGUCUCCAUUUGAGCGGGACGUACCUCUGUCUGCCCUGACUGGGGAGCUGCGCAGCCAAAGGCUCAAAGAAUGGAGGCAGGAGAUGAGGAAGAUGAACAGACAGCUGGCCAUGCCCAGGUUUGCUAUUGAUUCAGAGUUGGACCUAAAAUCCACCCUUUGCCGGUUGGGCUUAGGAGAUAUCUUCAGCCAAACCAAAGCUGACUUCUCCCGCAUCACCACCGACGAGCCACUGUGUAUAUCCAAGGUGCUUCAGAGAGUGAAGCUGGAGGUGAAUGAGGAGGGAACCAAAGGUUCAUCUGCCACAGCUGCUAUCGUCUUUUCGCGAAUGGCAGUGGAGGAGAUCACUCUGGACCGACCAUUCCUCUUUCUCAUUCAACACAAGGCCACUGGUGCUGUGUUAUUCAUGGGCCAAGUGAACCAGCCCCAGGACCACUAGAUGGAUCAAGAACCAAGCACACAAUCUGCUCAUUGGCAGAGAUAUCUGCCAAUCAGUUUACUACUGAGAUUUUAACCCGUAAUCCUGACAAAUCCAAGGGGACCCUCUACAUUUUGAGAGAGAGGAAGUUUAACUAGGCCUCAGCAAAAAUAGGAUUCGGUUCAGUCACUGUAAUGUCGGCUAGUGGGUCAUCAUUAAUGAAAAGCUUAUUUUUAUCACUUGAUAGUGGUUAACUAGGCUAUUUUCUUGUUAACAAAGUUGACAGUAUAAAGUGUUGUCGUUAGGCUACAUACUAAAUGAAUCCACAACACAGUGUUAUAGGCCGUUUCACAACAAUUAGCCGUGCAGGGCUUAGAAGCCUAAUAUGAAAUAUGAAAAAAUUGGAAAUAAGACAGGAUUACUUUGAAUAUUUGAUGUUUAUAUUAAUUAUGCUUUUUAUAAAGAUGUUUUUUUGUGAAAUUUGUAUUUUUUACACUAUUUAUAAUAAAUAUUUAUUUUUGAAAAAAAG